GCAGUGCAUCCACUGCCCGAUUCCUGCUGUCCGUUGGUUCUGUUUGUCGAAGCAGUUCAUUCAGACAUCCUCCGAAGUCCACGUCUCGCUUCUCCAUCGUCCACUUACCUACGCAGCUACGCUUCUUUGGCUCUCCAGUGGUGAAUCGUUAUCCUCCACCCUCCUUCCAUUCCUCUGGCAACGAGUUAUGGGCCUGCGUGUCUCGAGCUGGAUGACGAUGCUGACGGUGAUGAUAGGAUUGAUGAUGAUGAUGAUGAUGGCCAUGCCGUUACGGGUGAUAGUGGCGGUCGGAGCAGAUAUGAGGUGGACAGCGCAGCAGAGAGGAGGGAAGUCCGUUGCGGGAGCGGAGAGUGCUUACAAUGAGGAGGUUGGCGAUAUGCAAGGAGCGAGAGAGCUCCAGGCAGAGCCAUCAAGUCGUUUCUCCGUCAUAAACACGACUCUUCUUCGAGCUCCCCGAGUGGUUUUGACAACUCCUCUGCUCUUACGUCCAACAGCCAGUGUCACUCAGUGUUUUCAUUACAUUCAGGAUGUCGUAUUUAGCUCCCAGACGGGGGUGUUCUUCUACUUGCAGCAGGAUUCCUGCUUGAAUAGUACUGCAGGAAAUAGAUUCGAUAGACGGUCGAUUCACAAGUGUGAUAUGCGAGGCAUGGCCGGAUCUGGCCCCGCUCAAGCCAACUCCUCCUUGCUCACUGUAGAGUGGGGGGACGAUAACGGGAACGGCACAGCGGUAAGUGACUUCCCAACCUCUAUACGGUAUUGGUUGUCUACGCUCGAUCUGUCGCGGAGCGACCGGCAUCUCGUUCUGCCCUUAUUGGACAAAGGUCUGGCAUUCGUCAACACCACGGAUGGUUCCAGAACCACGUACGACAUCUCCAACUCCCUGGGUUACGCGGGUGCAUUCAAUCCUAACCACACUAUUUUCUAUGUGGGGAAUGAAAGCUGCCUUCUCUACUCCGUCAUGGAUGGGGACUCGCCGGGCAGCUUCGUUGACGAUUUCCGAAGUAAAGCAUGCUAUACGGACUUCCGGAGUGUUCUCUUCGGUCAUCGCACUUUUCUCCAAGAUGGGAGCUACCUAUACGCCUGGGACAUACCUCACAGAACAUUUCUAGGCUUGGACCUCAUUAGUGGAGAGGUGGAUCACGUAAUCGAGAUUCCGCAAAUCCAAAAGCUGGGGUUGGGGGAUUUUGUGUUGACACAAGAUGGAUGCAGCUUGUUCGUCGUUGCAUAUGCUGGGAAGACUAUCCUGCGGGCGGCUUUUGAAAAACCGAGAGGAAAGGUGGUCACCGUCGAGAACGUGACUACUUAUACCUCAGCAUAUCGCUCGAUCGGGACGGUUGCCCUGGACAAUGACGACAGUCACUUGUACGUGUCGACCUCGGAUGGUCAGCUGUUCGAAUUUCCAAUCAACAAGUCCGCUCUAGGGGAAUGCAGCGGUGCAUUUCCAACACCAGCCGCUCCGACGGGGGCUGCCUCUCCAUCGGGAGCAUCGUCGGCAGGAGAUGAUGGCAGUAGUACACGCGUCAGUGGUAGAUUGGCCGACACGCUGUCAAGUCCUUCACCGGCAAGCGUCCAAACGCCACCAAGGGGACGUGUCAACGUCGGCGUGCUGGCUGGCAGCCUGGUGGCAGCUUGUCUGGUCUCCUCUAUUCUUUGUGGCGCUUUAGUGCUCCUCGUUUCUCGAUCUAGAAAAUCAGCGAAGGCGGAAUCUGGGGUUAUGACCGCGAUGUCUACUGCUCUCGAACACCCGGUAGAACGGUGUUCUGCUCUUGAACACCCGGUAGAACGGUGUUCUGCUCUCGAACACCCGAGUUGAGGCUACAGCUUACGUUCGUCUUCUUUCUUUCUCUUGUGUGUGUGGUUUUGGGCUGCAAUCUUACAGAUCGAACAGGCUGUCCCUCGGGGGUCCACCAUUGGUCACCGCAGAGGAGUUUCUUGUCUUGUCCUUCGCUGCUGCCAAGGCUUCUUUCGUCUGUUUGCGGCGAAGCGAACGCUGUACGUCUCUCAUUACCCUGUUUUUCAAUAUUUUUUUUUGUUGGCGCUUUCUUCUGAGGGGGUAGCCCUUCCCUCUAUCGAAUCCAUCUGGGUUUGAAGUCAUUAUAAUCUGGGUCUAUAGACAGUUACGCGACUUUGCCCGGCGCUUUCCUUAUUUUCUCUUUUCUGGGUCUCUCGCAGGCGGUAGCGGCUGAGGGUACAUUCAUUCUGGCGCGGGUUAAUUCACGGGUAACAGGACCGCCGAAUGAAUUUCACAAUUAAAU